AUGGUAGAUCGGAGUGCAAAGGUUUUUGCAAAAUCGCACGAUCCAGACACAACCAACCGAACGAGGGGCCCACCACUGCACGGCCUGGUAGCAGUCAGUGAUUGUGUGAUUGCUUUGGACACGCCGGUCCGAAAUUUGGACACACCAGUUGGAGCAAAGCACGCCGGCUUGGAAGGAAACUGUACUUCUUUAGUGUUUGGUUGCUCCAGUAUGCUUGAGCUCGCCGGCUCGGAGGGACACGCCGGUCCGGAGAUGGAUUCGCUGGAAUGUGUUUGUCCGCAAUCGCUCCCUUGCGAUCGGUCCUUGGAAGGGUCGGUUCGCGGUCGCUUCCUAGCGGCCAAUCCUGGUCACGGCACCAUGUUUCGUCUAGGGUUGUAUGGUGGAAGAGGGGGAUCCAGGCGACGACGAAGAAGAACAACUUUGGAUUUUAUUUGCCCCCGAGAGUCACACGCCUGCUCGGGAGUGAUCUUCACUUACAAUUCUGGGUCGGAGAGUAACUUCAUCACCGAGCGCCUCAGCCAGCGCAUGAAGGUUUCUCGUAGCAAAGUGGAUAUUUCGGUUCUUGGAAUUGGGCAGGCAGCAAUCAAGGUCAACCAAAAGAUUGUAGUCACGAUACGUUCCCGGCUGUCAGAGUUCUCGCGCCAGAUGGGUUUCCUGGUGCUUCCGAAGGUAACAGCCGAUCUCCCCACGGCUAACAUCGACAUCUCCGGCUGGACCAUACCGAAAGGAAUCGAACUUGCUGAUCCGUCGUUCUGCGUUUCGUCAGGAGUUGAUCUCGUUCUUGGUAUAGAAUCGUUUUUCGACUUCUUCGACUCUGGUAGGAAGAUUUCGCUUGGAGAGCGACUUCCGUCCUUACACGACUCCGUUUUUGGUUGGAUCAUUAGUGGAGGAUUCGACGAAGGACUUCAAGGCUUGCAGAUCAACUGUAAUGUCUCUACUUCGGAUCGUUUGGAGGAUCUACUCACCCGGUUCUGGUCCAUGGAGGAGGUGGAUUCUACGAACUAUUCUCCUGAAGAAACUCGCUGUGAAGCUAUCUUUAUGAGUUCCGUACAGCGAGGGGCGGACGGUCGCUAUUCCGUAGCACUUCCCAAAGAUGAAGACGUCAUCUCUCGGUUGGGCGAAUCUAAGGAGAUCGCAUUCCGACGUUUUCUAGGCACCGAACGGAGGCUUACCAGGGACGCAAACCUCCGGAAACAAUACGUCACCUUUAUGGAGGAAUAUCUGCAGUUGGGUCACAUGCGGAGAGUCGAAGAGGAUCAAGAACCCACCAAGCGGUGUUUCCUACCUCAUCAUCCGGUGGUCAAGGAGGCCAGCACCACCACCAAGGUCCGCGUGGUGUUUGACGCAUCCUGCAAAACGGCUUCAGGAUUGUCGUUGAACGAUGCGUUGCUGGUAGGACCUGUAAUUCAACAGGAUCUCCGCUCCAUUAUCCUUCGCUGCUGUACUAAGCAGAUUAUGUUGGUGGCUGAUGUGGAAAAGAUGUUCCGGCAGAUUUUCAUCCAUCCGGAGGAUAGGCCAUUCCAAUCGAUUCUCUGGCGUUCAUCUCCGGUGGAGGAGAUAGGUGUGUAUGAGUUGAACACGGUUACCUAUGGAACCAAACCGGCUCCGUUCUUGGCGACUCGUACACUUAACCAAUUAGCCAUGGACGAAGGAGACCCGACCAGAAGCUCCUAA